UGCUCUUCCCUGCUCUUCCCUGCUCUUCCCUGCUCUUCCCUGCGCUGUUCCUGAACCUGGACCUGAACCUGGACCUGGACCUGAACCUGGACCCAGUAUCGACCGUCUUGAUUGGCUCGUCACCCAUGUUGUGUGGACGAGCUGCUGUCGUGGGCAUUCACAGCCUUGGCUGCUUGGGCAGCAUGAGCCGGAUGGGUUGCUUGCUUCGCCGCCACAUCCAUGUCUCGCCGGGCUUGCACUCGUUGAAGAGUCUGUUGCAGCCCAAGCCUGUCCAGUUGAAGCUGGAGAGUGGUCUCGAACGCAGCAACGGAUCCGACGACAAUGGUCCGAGGCGCCAUGUGCCUGUCAUGCUCGAGGAAGUCGUGGAGUACCUGCAAAUGAAGCUAGAUCUUGAGACUGGGGCUCUGCUCGACGAUGCCUUCAACGACCCCAGCACCAAGCGGCUGUUUUGCGAUGCAACCUUUGGGGAAGGCCAUUAUACCAGGAAGCUCUUGGACACAUUCAACUGCGACGUUGUCGUCGUCGAUCAAGACCCGUUUGCCAUAGAGCGAGCAAAGAAGCUGGCGGAUGAGGAGCCGUACAGGGGCCGAGUCGUUCCAAUCCAUGGCAAGUUUGGGGAUCUCAAGGAGCUGAUGCAUAGGCGACUCGGAUCAAGCAUGCCAUGCUUGGAUGGUAUCGUUUUCGAUGUUGGCGUAAGCUCAAAUCAAAUCGACGAGCCCUUGCGCGGAUUUUCAUUCCGAACAGAAGGCCCACUUGACAUGAGAAUGUCGUCCACAGGGGCUCUGGAGCAACCGACUAUCGAGCCGCAUGUGGCGAGCGAAGGACUGAGUGCCCUGCAAGUAGUCAACGAGUUCUCACAGGACCAGCUGGCGCAUAUUAUCAAAGAGUACGGCGAGGAGCGAUUUGCGCACAGAGUCGCCCGCUUCAUCAUCAACGAACGCACGAGAAAGCCCAUCACUACCACCAGCCAGCUGGCAUCCGUCGUCGCAAACGCAAUUGUCCCGCGAUUCAAGGGUAAAUACGACUGGUCCAAGCACCCAGCGACAAAAACAUUCCAAGCCAUUCGGAUAUAUGUCAAUGACGAGCUGAAUGAGCUCCGCAAGGGCCUCAAGGCAGCGGAAGAGCUUCUGAAACCCGGCGGACAUUUAGUUGUUGUCACAUUCCACUCGCUCGAGGACCGUAUCGUGAAGGAGUUUAUUCACACAUGCGCGGGUGGAGCCCACAGGCUUUCUCAAUCAGAGAUUCGAGCUCGACGAAAGACUCACCAUAUCGAAAGCGAGCGAGACGAAGAAUACGCAGCCUCAGCUCACUAUCUAGUGGAGGAUGCCACUCGAGCAGCACGGAGUGGUCCGAAAGACAUGCAUCUUCAGUCUCCACCAUCCUUCUUCAAGCUCACAUUUCGCACAGUGAAGCCAACUUCAACCGAGAUUGAAUCAAAUUCGCGUUCGAGGUCUGCCAAGCUGAGGGCCGCUGUUCGAACCUUAAACAGUCCUAUGUACGGACGACGCCUCGGAUAAAGCAGAGCACAUCCCCCCUCUCCCGCUAUGGUCGCACCCGAAGAGUGGAGUCGCUUCCGAGUUGGCGAUGCCGAUCAUGUCUGCGCAGCCCCUCCAAAUCGAAUGGGACGCCAUAAUUUGCUUUGCAGUGGUCAUUGAGCGAUUCGUAUAUGAAACGCUGUCGAGUCAUCAUAUCCCGUCAUUGUCGCCAGCGGUCAUUGACAAGUUUUCUUGAGCAUAGCAUGUAUGGUUCCCACAACUCGAUCAUCAUGAGCGACGAUCGACUUGCACAACUUGGCCCACGGGUGGAUGAACUAUGAUGCACCGACCACCUCCCACAGGAACCUGAGGCAUACCCCCUAUCCAUCCUCCAUGGAAUAGAUCGUGGCCGUGCG